CGGUAGGAGGUAAACCGGAAAAUGUCCGUCCAAUUAAGACCGGUCCGUUAACCAGAUGAGCAAUCAAUCUCCUCUCCUCUUUAACCUUUAGCGUCGGCGUCUAGCUUGGAUCAGCAAAAACCCUAGAAUCUCUCUCAAGCUUAGCUUUCCAUUUCAAUCCCGUGGAGAAACAUGCCUCCGAAAGCAAAAGCAAAGGAUGCAGGUCCCGUGGAGAGGCCUAUUCUUGGCCGCUUCUCGUCUCACCUCAAGAUCGGAAUCGUGGGGCUGCCAAACGUGGGGAAGUCUACACUUUUCAACACUCUUACGAAGCUUUCGAUUCCAGCUGAGAACUUCCCCUUCUGUACCAUUGAGCCUAACGAGGCGCGUGUGAAUAUCCCCGACGAGAGGUUCGAUUGGCUUUGCCAGUUAUACAAGCCUAAGAGUGAGAUUCCAGCGUUCUUGGAAAUACACGACAUUGCUGGGCUUGUUAGAGGCGCUCAUGAAGGACAGGGACUUGGGAACAACUUCUUGUCUCACAUUCGUGCUGUUGAUGGAAUCUUCCAUGUUUUACGUGCGUUUGAAGAUCCUGAUAUUAUUCAUGUUGAUGACAUUGUGGAUCCUGUUAGAGAUUUGGAGACCAUUACUGAAGAGUUGCGACUUAAGGAUAUUGAAUUCAUUAAAAAGAAGAUUGAAGAUGUCGAGAAGAGCAUGAAGAGGAGCAAUGACAAGGCCCUCAAAGUUGAACUUGAGCUCUUGCUAAAGGUAAAAGCUUGGCUGGAAGAAGGAAAGGAUGUCCGUUUUGGAGACUGGAAAGCAGCUGAUAUCGAGAUUUUGAACACUUUCCAGUUGCUUUCCGCUAAGCCUGUUGUUUACUUGAUUAACAUGAAUGAGAGAGACUACCAGAGGAAGAAAAACAAGUUCUUGCCCAAGAUUCAUGCUUGGGUUCAAGAGCACGGUGGUGAUACUAUGAUUCCUUUCAGUGGUGUUUUUGAAAGGAGUCUCGCUGAUAUGCUCCCCGACGAAGCAGCAAAGUAUUGUGAGGAGAACAAACUGCAAAGUGCUCUUCCGAGGAUCAUCAAAACUGGAUUUUCAGCUAUUAACCUCAUAUACUUCUUUACAGCAGGGCCUGAUGAGGUAAAGUGCUGGCAAAUAAGACGUCAGUCAAAGGCUCCUCAAGCUGCUGGGGCCAUUCAUACUGAUUUUGAGAGAGGCUUUAUUUGUGCCGAGGUCAUGAAAUUUGAGGAUCUCAAGGAACUUGGCAAUGAAACUGCAGUCAAGGGGGCUGGAAAAUACAGACAGGAGGGGAAAACAUAUGUUGUCCAAGACGGAGAUAUCAUUUUCUUCAAGUUCAACGUUUCCGGUGGUGGCAAGAAAUGAGAUCCAUCUUUGUCUUUUAUCCUAUGCGUGGAACCAAACUGUGUUUUCUGUUUUUGACAGUCGCAGUUUGGCUUACCAAACACAAAAGUAUCUGUAACUCUUGUUCUUUUCUUCAGUUAGCUAAGACAUGUCUUUGCCUUGAGACAGAGCAUUAAGCCUUCUGUGUUCUUUUUCUCUGCUAUUUUGAAACUUGGAAGUGAUUGCGAGUGGAACAAAUGCCUUAAAAGCAAAUUAUAUGUGCAGUGUCGCAUAUUACAAGCUCCAUUA